AUGAAGUACUUUACUGGUGAUGAAAGUGGCUUAAUCAAAUGGAUUUCAUUUCCUCCCAAAGUAGAGGAGAAACAUCGUCAAAAGAAGGCAAAGAAAGUGGAAGGCUCCGAGGAGACUGAAAAGAAGGAAGCAUUGCAGCCUUUGAUGGGCACAUUUGGAAAGGUCGAUAAAGAGCACGCCAUCCAAAAACUAUCAUGGGCCAUGUGGGAAGACGAAAAAGUGCUGCUCGUUGGACGCAAGAAUGGAUCAAUUCAAUUCAUGUCUCCUGAAACUGGAGAAGUGCUUCGGGAAUUCAAGAAUAAUCAUGUUGGAACAGACGAUGAGAAGAAGGGCCGCUUUGUUGGUCUCUUUAUCCAUGACAGACAUCUUUGUGUCUGUACUUCCACUGGUGAUCUUUCAUACACACCAUUAAAGUCGAGAAAGAACGAGACAAAGACUAUCUUAGAGCUAGGCCCCAAUAUCGAGAUUAUGCGUGGCCAUCCCACACAAACGCAUAUUUUCGCCAUUGGCGGUAAGGAGCGUGAUUUAUGUGUAUACGACAUCAAAGCCAUUGCCAAAUCCAAAAAGGAGCAUGAGGAAAUCGACUCUGCUGGACCCAACAAAAACACCUCUGCACACAAGAAAAAGACCACCAGAAAUGCAGGAUUGAUCUUCCAAGCCAAAAAUGUAAAGAACGAUUUUCUGGAUCUUCAACAACCCGUGUGGAUCCAUGAUCUUCAAUUUGUCAACAAAGAAGCCACAAAGAUAGCCGUUGCUACUCACUAUCAUCAGUUCCGUUUGUACGAUACAAAAGCUGCCCGUAGACCCAUCACAAAUGUCGAAAUUGGAAAGCAUCCUAUCAAAGUGAUGUCUAUCGGCACUGAUUUCAACCAUGUUUUAUACGCUGAUACCAUGAGCGAAGUGGGCAUGCUCGACAUUCGCACAGGCAAGAGAGCCGCUCAAUUCAAGGGAUUCACAGGCGCUGCUACUGAUUUAGUGACGGUACCUUUCCCUAAAUUCAGCGAGGAAGAGGAUCAAACAGAGACACCAAAGCAACACCAUGUCGCAAGUGUAUCGCUGGACAGAUUUUUGAGAGUGCAUGAAACUGCCACUGUGUAUCGCAAGUUGGAAGACAAGGCCUACUUGAAGCAACGUUUGACGUGUGUGUUGGUGGACGAAGCGUUUGAAUAUCCUGUGCCCAAGGUCAAGACGGAAGAGGAGCAAGAGGAGGAGGAGGAGGAAGCCUUGUGGGAAUCUAUGGAACUGGCCAAGGAUCGCAAGAGAAAGCAUGAAUAA